GAAAAGAAAAGAAAAGAAAAUUUUGUUGUCAAGUGAACUCAACAUGUGUCAGCGAGUUUAAUUUCAUUUCAGUUGAUAGAAAAGCUUUUUAAUUGCGAUUUUAUGUAUUUUUAAUUGUUCUUUUAAUCUAAAUUAAGUUGAUUGGUAAAAAUAACAAGGCCUAUUGGGUAAGGUUUUUCUUUCUCUCCCUGGUGAAUCGGAAUGGCUGAUAUUGUUGAUCUUGGUUGGUUGUCCUCAUCUGCAGCUCAUACAUACAAAGUAUAUAAACCAAAGAAGGCAACUAAAAGUAACCAAAUUGUUUCCAAUAUAAUUGGUGAUGAUAUUUAUGAACAAUAUAUUAGAAAAUUGAAUGAAACCUAUGCCAAAAAUGAGAGAGAUUUAUUUUAUGACCUUGCUGAACAAUUAAAGGAAUAUGUUUUCCAGGUCAAUGAGAUUUAUACCUCGGCAAGUGAAACUGCUUUUCAGGAUAUUCAAUGUGCCAUCGUUACCAUGUCGAUUAAUAUAAAAGGAUUAGAUUGUCUCUAUGAAAUGUUGUUCAAGGAGAUUGAAGAUUUUAUAACAAUGAGACUAAUCAUCAACUCUGAUAGAGUUAAAUGUGUCUCCGAUUUUGUCAAAAUCCUACAAGAAAAUCUAUUCCAAUACCUGGACUUACCUGAAUGCGAAAUCCCUUGCUGUUUAUAUAGUUUAACUGCCGAUUUCUAUCAUAAUAAUCUCAAUUCGAAACUUCCUUUGGUCAUUGUUUUUGAAGAUUUUGACUGUUUUAAUCUAAACCUAUUAAGUGACCUGUUGAUUUUAAUCCACGAGAAUCUCGAGAAAAUGCCGUGUCUUUUGAUCUGUUGCCAAUCAACUGACAUUUUACCUCUCAACUUACGCCUUCCCUCUAAGGCCACAAAUCAUUUAGCCGUUUCCUCCUUUUCAUUUCAAUCGACCCAUGAUUUUUUCACCAAAUUAAUUGAAGACAUUUGCUGGGACAAUGAUUCAUCUUUUAAAUUAGGACCAAAAACAAUCUCUCAUCUAACCGAUGUCUACAAACUUUGGGAUACCUCGCUUAUUGGUGCCUUUCGACGUGUAAAAUUUUGUGUAUUUGAACAUUUCUAUAACAAGAGAUAUGCCAAACUUUGCUGUCCUACAGAUGAACUUGACAAUGUCAUUGCCAAUUUAACCGACGAGGAUUUGAUCUCAAUUAGAAAUUUACCUUCUCUAGAGAAAAUCGACCUACCCAAGGAAGACAAUGCCUUCAAAUCAAUGCUACGCGAAGAGUUGAUCAAAUUUUCUGACCUUUUUGUUGGAAUACAACAUGAAUUGAAAUUCUACCACCAUCUUAAAGAGCUGUUAUAUCCAAAGGAAACCUUUACUUACCUCAUGAGCACUUGGAUAACUUUCCUUAGUUCAGAAAAAUUAUCAGAAUCUGAAGAUUGUUACUUCCUUGGUGAUACAUUUCUUAAACUUGAAAGUGACCAAAUAAUUAAUCUAAUGGGUCGACUAUCAAAGUUUGAGGAAAGUGGUUAUUCUGAUAUCUACAAGGCUCUGAAUGAACAUUUCAAAGAUUUCGACAGUAAAAUUAAGACCGAACCAUUGGCAAUCUUGGAGUCAACUGAAAACAAGGCCACUGAUCCCCAAAAGCGAACCCGAGCCAGCCACGGAAUAAACUCACCUCGAAAACCUCCGACCCUGGAUCGUUUUGCACUCGCGAAUGCGUUAAAACAAAAGGCUGCAGAGCAAACUACGAAAAUCGAUAAACUGAAAAAAUGGCAACAGGGUUUUCUCGAUACUCUAAAAAAACAAUUGGACAAAAUUGCGAACCCUUUAUAUGCACCAUUUCAUGAGAUAUUUUUCUUUGACGACGUUUCUCUUGUUAAACAAUUCAGUUUACCAGCAGUCCGAACCGAUAUUCUUGACGCUCUUGCAAGUCCAGAGAAAAUUUUAAAUUGUAAAUGUUGCAAAGAUGGAAUUGGUCCAAACACUCCUGAUAUAUCGAUUACCUAUUCAAUCUAUUGUGACAGUCUUCGAGUAAUUAAUCUUAAAAAGUGUUAUGAUAUUUUUAAACAAUUAAUCGCACAACCAGAAACCACUCGUGCAUCACCAAGAAAAAGAGCCAGAAAAGAGCCAAAAAAAGAGGACGAGAAACAGAUUCUUGCUCGAUUCAUCAAUUCCAUCAUGGAUCUAGAAUAUUUAGGACUUUUACGAGCUCAUCCAAGGAAAAUCGACCAUGUCGAAAGACUAGUCUGGCCAGUGAAUGUCCACACCACCACCACCGAUGGUUCCGAAUCAGAUGAACAACUGAGCAAAAAUUUCAACUCCAUAAGCAUCAACAACAACUGAUCAUGAAAUUUUUUCAUUUUAACUUCAAUUCAAUUCCAAAUUUUAUUUACCUGCUUGACCAAUUCUCCUGACCAGUUACUUUGAAUAUUUUAACUACAUACUUUUAUACUUGCUAUUAAUUAGUACAAAUACAUUCAUGUUGCCUCUACUGAUGAAUAUCCGACCUUGUUAAUAAACAACAAUUAAAUCAAAGGAAAAAAAAUCCA